AUGGUACCAAGGGGAAUCGCCUCUCCUUUUCUUCUGCGGGGCGGGGGAAGCAAAUACAGCCAGCACAUUUUAAGCGGCGGUGAUGACGAAAGACAAGACGCUCUGCACCCCGCACCCUCGGAGCACGUCCUUCCGGCGGCAGGCGGCGGGCUCCAUCCCGCGCCCGGGGCGCUCCCGGCGGAAGCGGCGGGGCGGGGCAUGGCUGCCAUGGCGGAGGAGCAGCGGCGGCUUUCGGCGCUCGCCGUGUACCGCCGGAUGGCGGGGGCCGGGCGGAUGGAGCGGCGCCGCCGCGGGGCCCCGCUGCCCGCGGGUCGCAAGCGGGCCAAGGCCCGCCUGAGGGGCGGCCGGGCGGGAGGCGGCGGCCCGGUACCGGAGGCGCCGCCUCCCGCCGCUCCCCCGAGCCGCGUGGAGCUCCCCGUGGAGGCCCCCGUAGAUCCUCGUCCCGAGGCGGAGGCCGCCGCGCCUGACGUGAAACCGAGGGGAGGCCCCAAGGCGAUGCCGGGCGGCCCGCGGCCGGCCGGGGAGGACGGCGGCGGUGUGUCCGGCGGCGGCGUGUCCGGCGGGGGUGUGUCCGGCAGCGGUGUGUCCAGCGGCGGUGUGUCCGGCAGCGCUGUGUCCGGCGGCGGCGUGUCCGGCGGCGGCGUGUCCGGCAGCGGCGUGUCCGGCAGCGGUGUGUCCGGCAGCGGUGUGUCCGGCGGCGGCGUGUCCGGCAGCGGCGUGUCCGGCGGCGGCGUGUCCGGCGGCGGUGUGUCCGGCAGCGGUGUGUCCGGCGGCGGUGUGUCCGGGCUGCUGCGGCGGCUGGCGCGGCUGGAGGACAGCCGGCAGCGGGCGGCCGAGCUCUUCCGCUGGCUGCUGGCCCCGGUGGCGCCGGCGGAGUUCCUGGGGCGGCACUGGGAGCGGGCGCCGCUGCUGGUGCGGCGGGGCGACCCCGGCUACUACGCGGGGCUGUUCUCCACGGCCGACUUCGACGCCGCACUGCGAGGAGGAGAGGUUCACUUCGGCACCCACCUGGAUGUGACCAGCUACACCGAGGGAAUGCGGGAGACGCACAACCCUUCCGGCAGAGCCCUGCCCGCCGUCGUGUGGGACUUCUACCAGAACGGCUGCUCCCUGCGCCUCCUCUGCCCACAGGCCUUCUCCCCCACCGUGUGGCACUUCCUCUCCAUCCUGCAGGAGCAGUUUGGCAGCAUGGCGGGGGCGAACACCUACCUCACGCCCCCGGGUACUCAGGGCUUUGCCCCCCACUAUGAUGACAUCGAAGCCUUCGUGCUGCAGCUGGAGGGGAAGAAGCACUGGCGUGUGUACAAGCCCCGAACAGAUGCUGAGGUGCUGCCCCAGUUCUCCAGUGCAAACCUCACGCAGGCUGAACUCGGCGAGCCUGUGCUGGAGACGGUGCUGGAGGCCGGGGACCUGCUCUACUUCCCCCGUGGCUUUAUCCACCAGGGUGAUUGUCUCCCUGAUGCGCAUUCGCUCCACAUCACUGUGUCUUCCUACCAGAGGAAUUCCUGGGGGGACUUUCUGGAGAAGCUCAUCCCAGCUGCCCUGCAGAUGGCCCUGGAGGAAGACGUGGAGUUCCGACGAGGGCUUCCUAUGGACUACCUGCAGUAUAUGGGGGUCGCUAACUCAGACACAGGGGAUGCUCGGCGAACAGCCUUUGUGCAGAAGGUGCAGAGCCUGAUAAAGAAACUUGUUGACUAUGCACCCAUCGAUGCUGCUGUGGAUCAGAGAGCCAAGUCGUUUCUUCAUGACUGUCUCCCUCCGGUGCUCACACAAAGUGAAAAGGCGCAGAGUGUCUACGGCUUCCCGGCCCGGUGGCAAGAUGGAGGCCCCUGCAAUGUUGAUAUCCUGAUAACAAAAGAUACCGAAAUACGCCUGCUCCGUCACGGCAUCGUUAGACUGUGUAAUGAAGAAGCAGGUGUGAUGCUGUACUACACUACAGAAAACUCAAGAGUGUAUCAUAAGGAAGAGCCCAAGUUCCUUGAGCUAGAUCCUGAGUAUACAGACAGUAUCGAAUUUCUCCUGUCUUCCUAUCCAAAUCACGUCAGUGUGGAUAACCUUCCAUGUGAAACCUUGGAGGAAAAGAUUUCUCUAGCUACGCUUCUGUUUGAGAAGGGUAUUCUGACUACAAAGAAGCCUCUGGCACAAGUCUAAUUCUUAUUUUUUCACAAAAUAAACGCACACCUGUUUA